UAUACAGUUGUAUUAAAAAUGAAGUUUAGAUUUGUUGUUUAAAAAGGGGUAAAAUGAAAGCAAAUAAAAAGUAGUUUUCUUCUUUAUUUUCUACUGCGCCUCUCAUCUUCGAUCUGGUUCUAGCUUCAGCUGCGAUUUUGUCUGCUGGUUUACGUGAGAAGCAAUGACAUCAGAUCCGUCAAAAUUAGGAGACAAACUUAUUCUAAGAGGUUUGAUGUUUCAUGGUUUUCAUGGAGUGAAACAAGAAGAAAAGAAACUUGGUCAAAAGUUCUUGAUAGACGUUGAUGCAUGGAUGGAUCUUCGUACACCUGGUCAGUCUGACAACAUGUCUGAUACAGUCAGCUACACUGACAUUUACCGCAUUGCGAAGAACAUCGUAGAGGGACCUUCUCAAAACCUAUUAGAAUCGGUGGCUCAACUGAUUGCAACAACAACGUUAAACAACCACUCCCAAAUAUCUGCGGUUCGUGUGGUUGUUGGAAAGCCUCAUGUUGCUGUUCCUGGUCCUCUAGACUAUUUAGGUGUCGAGAUUAUGAGAUACAGAAGCACCGAUAUGCCUCUUUAAGAUGAUUUAUGUGGUACAAUUUAUGUACUUGUGCUUUAUGAAACUUACUUUAAGAUAAUUUGUUUAUGAUUUUCGUAAAUUACAUUGAUUGCCCAUGUUUUAACAUACAAUGGUCAUUGGAUGGACCGAUGUUAAAAACUGUUAAGUUGAUGUUAAAAGUCACCCAACUUAGAUGUUUCAUUUGUCA